UUACGGCCAGCGCGGGCUUGUUGCUUUGUCUGUCGCAGGUGAAAAUGGUGAUAGUGAAGCGCGGCGUUAGGGAGCGAUGCGCGUCCAACAAAGACCUGCGAAGUCAACACCCGCGUGUUUAAGAACUUUUCUGGUGGAUUAUAAGCAACAAGAUAAAAUGCGCGGUGUUUUUUGUUGGCGGGAACUUGGAGAAACACCACCAACAAGAAGGUGUGGAUUAGACGAGCCUGUGCCACCAAGUGACUAGCACACAAAGGGAGACCACACGUGGGCAACCAUGUUGGGUCAGAGUGUGCGUCUGCAGCCGGUGCCCAUCCAGAGCCUGUCGGAGCUGGAGCGUGCCAGGUUGCAGGAAGUGGCCUUGUACCACCUGGAGGAGAGGGACCUGGACUUUAAGAUCAGCAUCCCCAGAGAAGUGCACAAACGGAGAAAAUCCCUGCGCAGGAAGUUCGACUCCUUUUCAAAGGAAAAGAAAGAGCGAGAAUCGGCCCCCAAGGCGUUUGGCAUCCCUCUGUCUCAGGUCAUUGCUAAUGACCGGGCCUACAAGCGGCGGCAGGACGCCCUGAAGGAGAGCAGGCGUGACUGUCUGGACCUGGAGGCCAGCGUCCUGCGCUUCCGGGCGGAGAAGCGGCAGUUCUUCAACGGGAACAAGCCGCUGGUCAGCGCCGCGUCCAUCACAGGUCCUGGGUCGCCUGCUGCCAACUCUGUAGCACCGGCGCCUGUUUCUGAGUCUCAGAACAAACCGCUGUCGCCCACAUUUCUAGACAACAUCGGCCGAGGACAGAGAAGGGGUGGUUUGUCAGUUGACUCCAUAUCUGACCUCGUAGAGAGUCAGUCUCGUCUUUUGGAGGCGCUGCAGCUCUCCCACCCAGCCGAGCUGGAGAUGAUGAAGUCACCGGGCGGCAGCUCGGCGGAGGGAAGGACUCAGACCAAGCUCAGCCUGAACCCCAUCUACAGACAAGUGCCCCGGGUCCUGGAGAGGUGCUGCAGUCACAUCGAGAACCACGGUUUACAGACUGUGGGCAUUUUCCGAGUCGGGAGCUCUAAGAAAAGAGUGAGACAGCUCCGGGAGGACUUUGACAUGGGGGUGGACGUCCAGCUGGACGAGGAGCACAGCGUCCACGACGUGGCGGCGCUCCUCAAAGAGUUCCUGAGGGACAUGCCCGAUCCUCUGCUGCCCCGAGAGCUCUACCCAGCCUUCCUGCACGCCAACCUGCUGAGAGGAGCAGACCAGCUCCACUAUCUCCAGCACCUCCUCUACCUGCUCCCCCCCUGUAACUGUGACACUCUGCUGCGACUCCUCACCCUGUUACACACCGUGCAGAGCUUCGCACAGGACAGCAUAGGAACCAAUGACGAGGAGAUUCCAGGUAACAAGAUGACUGCGGCUAACCUGGCGGUGAUCUUUGGGCCCAACCUGCUGCAGAGGGAGCCGGGCGGCGACGUGAGCCCGCACGCGAUGGGCAUAGAGGACAGCACGGCCAUCAUCAGCGUGACCCUCGUGCUCAUACAGAACUACAGGAGGCUUUUCACGGUAUCCGCAGAACUGCAGCAGGAGGUUCUGAUGAGUCUCAUCCAGACUGAUCCGGACAUCAUUGAUUAUCUGCUGCGUAGAAAACUCAGCGGCAGCCACCUGAGAGUGGAGAGCAGCAGUGAUCCGGGGGGCCGUCGGGAUACGGGCGCGUCUCUGGACUCUGUGGGGGCUUCCAGCGGGAGCCUAUCCCCACUAGAACCCCCCUCACCUUUGUUCCCGCCUGAUGGAAGCAGCCUGACCAGUGAAGUGUUCCUCAAUGUACUGAAACUGAACCAGAACAGGAAGCGACAGGAGACACGAUACGGUGACGGUUCUUCAGGCAAAUCCAUCCGCCACAUGCGUCAGUUCCACUCCCACCACAACCUGCUCAGCCUGGCGCAGCCCUCCAUGUCGUCCGCCUCCAGGCAGGACUCCGACACCCAGGAGCGCAGGAGCAUGCUGGGCGCCACGCUGAGCUUCGCGCUGGGCGGCGGCAGUGGCAGCUGCUCCAGUCUGACUGGUUCCACUGACAGCAGCAUCUGGGUGAGACAAACGCCACAGGAGGAGAGCAAACAGUCCCCCGCUGCGAACUUCUGGGACUUCUUCACCGGCAAAGUGUCCGGUUCAGAGACGAUGGUAUGAUAAAGGCAGAGAGGGAAACGGAUGGGAUGUCAGAGGUGAAAUUGGUCCUGUUACAUUUACAUAGAAAUAGAAAUGCUUCCAGAGAUUAAGGUUGGCAGUAGGAUCAUAAUCACAAGAUGGUUUUAAACACUGAAUCCUACGCUUUAUUUUUGAACCACCAACUUUCUAUUUUGUAGGUGGAAGUUAAAAAUCUGCUUUAUUGCACCUCUGGAAUGUAACAUGAAAUGUGUCAAAAGCUACCAAAUAAUGGAGGGAAGUGGGACGUGGACAUAUGAACUAAAAACAACUCAACAGAUCAGUGUAUGCAGUAAUAUGUGUAUGAAGUGUUCAUUACACACACAGCCGUCAUGUUUCCUACAUAGAACCACUAGACAAACCAUAGCUGCAUGUGCUCAGUUAACCCUGCAUCUAUAACUACACUGUACCAGACUCCGUCUGUUGUUUCUAUGUAAUGCUCACUGUAAAUAUACUCUGUGCAAAAUAACAUCCAUCAAUAUAUGUCAGAAAGUUUUAUUCUAUGCGUUCAGUAAUUCUAAGCAUCAAGCAUCACAGUGUAAUAAGAUCGGCGGCUGCUGAGCUUUUGUCCUGGUCAACAGCGGAGGCGCCCUGUGGAGCUCUGCUCCGAAAGAAUAGUACCUUUUAACCACACGAGGGCGACAUUUACUACAUCAGUUCACUUUGUUACCGCGUACGUACAUGAUAUGAUUAGAAACUGUACAUAGAUCAUUUUGUUGCCUCUUCAAAGUAGAACAUGAUGUUUGCUGUUGUACAGAUUUUCCCACCAUUGUAUUUGUUUACUACUCACAGUAUGUACAGACUUUGUCCUUUGCCUCUGCAGGUUAAUGUGUCUCCUUUUCUUUUGGAUACAUUGUAAAGGAAAUAAGCUGUUUCAUGUUUUGUCUGUGACAGUUUUUCUAUAAUAUGAAGAUCCCGAGGCGUCUGAAGACCUCACCUGGAGAAUGUAGCCUGCAGAGAAUUAAACGUCAAGCUGCCUCC